CCUUCCCUGAAAGAGGUAGCUUAUUUCCUCCUCCUCGCCUUAUCUAUUGUUUCUCUAUUUCUCUCUCUCUCUGUUUUCUGUGUGUUGCAGUAUCCCAAAAUCUAACCCUAACUGUCCAGAUCUAGAACGCUGUUUCAGGGAGGAGGCAGCAGCUGGGUUGUGGUGUGGUGAUAUUUUAGCUGGUCGUUGUUGGUGGUUUAUUUGUGGUUGUUUGAAUAUGAAAUCUGGCAGCAGAAGCCGAAGCAGGAGCAGAAGCAGAAGCAGGAGUCCAAUGGAUCGCAAAAUCCGCACACAGCGGUUCUCCUACCGUGAUGCACCAUAUAGACGGGAGCCACGUCGGGGUUUCAGCAGUCAGAGUCAGAGCAGUCUCUGCAAGAACUGCAAACGGCCUGGCCAUUUUGCUCGGGAAUGCCCUAAUGUUGCCAUAUGUCACAAUUGUGGUCUCCCAGGGCAUAUUGCCUCGGAGUGUACCACAAAAUCUCUUUGUUGGAAUUGCCGAGAACCAGGCCAUAUGGCUGGCAACUGUCCAAAUGAAGGAAUUUGCCACACCUGUGGUAAGGCAGGACAUCGUGCUAGAGACUGCACGGCUCCUCCACUCCCUCCUGGUGACCUGAAGCUGUGCAAUAACUGCUUCAAGCAAGGCCACAUUGCAGUUGACUGCACCAAUGACAAGGCGUGCAAAAAUUGUAGGAAGACUGGUCACCUGGCACGUGAUUGUCAAAAUGAUCCUGUGUGCAAUUUAUGUAAUAUAUCCGGUCAUCUGGCUAGAGAUUGCCCCAAGUCUGGUGCUCUUGAAGAGAGGGGUGGUGGAUUCCGUCCUAUGGGUGGAGGUGGAGGUGGAGGAUAUCGGGACAUUGUAUGCCGAACCUGCCAGCAAGUAGGCCAUAUGAGUCGAGAUUGCAUGGCACUGAUGAUCUGUCACAACUGCGGGGGAAGAGGACACCAAGCAUAUGAGUGUCCCUCUGGAAGGUUUAUGGACCGUUUUCCGAGAAGGUACUGACGGAUGAAAGCCAUGCCAUAUUAAUAGGGUGACUACUGAUGACAUGUGCCCCUUUUCUCUUUGAAUUGAGAUUGACAUUUGUUUUUUUUUUUCUUUUAGAAACUAUCAGAUUUCGGAACUAGUUGCUUUAGUGUGCGUCUUUACAUCUUUUGAAUGGAUGUGAUGAGACUGUUAUUUAAGAACAUGGAUUAAUAUGACUAUUGUGAGGUAUUUGCAUUUUAUUUGGUGAUUCAGCUAGCUGAUGGCAAGCAUGACAGCAUCUAUAUAAUGGUUUGUAUUGGAGUUUGA